GCGCCGGGCGGGCGGCCCAGUCGCGGCAAAACCUGCCGCUAGCGCGAUCCCGCGUCCUCUUGCGAUCAAUACUGUAAUACUAAAUAGAAAACGCUUAAAUAACACCCCCGUACAAUUAAACAGUACCCAUUCAGAACACUGAAGUUAGUAAAUUCCAGUGCACUCAGUUUCGCGACCGCGAAUUUAACGUUCGUGGUACCAAAGUCGACACCAUGAAUAUGGCCACCAUGACAAACACAUGAUCGGUGAUAUGAUCGAACACUGCUCGUGAGUUAUUCCUGGUUCAACGAUUUCUGCCUGUGUGUCUUUUUGGUGCACUUAUCGGCAUAGCGGAUGUUAAAUUCUCAACGGCGAUGGCUAAGAAUUUAAACAAUCAUUGCUAAAUAAAACCUGCACAACACCACACUUUCAUUAACAACGCAAACGUGUAAAUGGAUUCUAAUAUGCUAUUGCUAUAGUGUAGUGUAGGAUUAUAGCUUAGAAGUUAAGUAGGUACAUGUGUGUGAGGUGAUCCAUAUGAGGUGAAACACGAUGACGUCACUGAAGCAUGGAGUCAACCUGAGCCGGCGUGCGUGCAGGCAGCGCGUUACCCUGCUGGCUGCUGGGAUACUCAUUGCAGCCACUUCCGCCAACCCGAUUGAAAGCACCACGAAACAGAGUCCGUCCAUAGCAGUCGAUGGGAUCUCCACGUACCCUGGCCUCGGGUUCGGUCCCAUGGGACCGGUGGCACCCCUCCCAGGACAGCCACCAGGCACUCAGCUUCGUCAGCAACAAGUUACAACUACGGAAGCCGUUACCACCGUCAAACCGAAGAAGGAAAGGACAUUCGUUAUAGCAGCAGUCGAAUUCCAUCGCGUUGAGACUCCAUUCCUUAUUGGAGUAUGGAUCUUUUUUGCUAGCCUUGCUAAAAUAGGAUUUCAUAUGGCACCAAAAUUAUCAAAAAUGUUUCCGGAAUCAUGUCUCCUUAUUUUUGUGGGAGUCUUAAUUGGAGCAAUACUUUUAAGUACUCACAGCGUUCACGUGCAGCCGUUGACACCUGAUACUUUUUUCCUUUAUAUGUUACCACCAAUAAUACUGGAUGCUGGAUAUUUUAUGCCUAAUCGAUUGUUUUUCGAUCACCUAGGAACAAUUCUUUUGUUUGCGGUUGUUGGGACAGUAUUUAAUACGCUUACUAUAGGUACAUCUUUAUGGGCUUGUGGUCAAUCUGGAAUGUUCGGCUGUCAAACACCGUUACUGGAUAUGCUUUUGUUCGGAGCCCUCAUAUCAGCUGUAGACCCGGUUGCUGUGCUUGCGGUAUUUGAAGAGAUACAUGUAGAUGAAGUACUCUACAUUGUAGUGUUUGGAGAGUCGUUGCUAAAUGAUGCAGUCACUGUCGUUCUUUAUCACAUGUUUGAGGCUUAUACGGAGAUGGGUCCUUCACGACUCAUGUAUACAGAUUUCUUGGCUGGCUUUGCAUCAUUCUUAGUGGUGGCAGUUUGUGGCACCUGCAUUGGAGUAGUGUGGGGUUUUGCUACAGGCCUUGUGACCCGCUUUACACAUGAAGUUAGAGUCAUAGAACCAAUAUUUAUAUUUGUCAUGGCUUAUUUGGCGUAUCUCAAUGCUGAAAUGUUCCAUAUGAGUGGAAUUCUAGCUAUAACAUUCUGUGGCAUAACAAUGAAAAACUAUGUGGAGGGCAACAUAUCGCACAAAUCACACACAACGAUCAAGUACACGAUGAAAAUGCUUUCAUCGUCUUCUGAAACGAUCAUUUUCAUGUUUCUUGGCGUAGCCACUGUUAACAACAACCAUGACUGGAACACGUGGUUUGUCUUGUUGACUAUAGUUUUUUGCUCAGUCUAUCGCAUAAUAGGAGUGUACAUAUUUAGUGCGGUAGCUAAUAAGUUCCGUCUGCACAAAUUGAAUACCGUCGAAAAGUUUGUUAUGUCUUACGGAGGUCUCCGAGGCGCGGUCGCAUUUGCAUUGGUGCUAUUAAUAGAUCCAGAAGUGGUUAAACUCCAGCCAAUGUUUGUAACCACAACGAUAGCAGUUAUUUACUUCACCGUGUUCAUCCAGGGGAUCACUAUUAAGCCCUUGGUCAGGAUAUUAAAUGUGAAGACUGUUGAGAAGAGGAAACCGACGAUGAAUGAAAGAAUACACGAGAGGUUUAUGGACCAUUUAAUGGCAGGAGUUGAAGACAUUUUGGGAAAACACGGUAACCACCACAUUAGAGAUAAAUUCAAGAGGUUUGACAAUAGAUUUAUUCGACCCUUCUUACUUCGAAAUUAUCAGGGAGCUGAACCUAAAAUUCUAGAAACUUAUUCCAAACUGGCUAUGAAAGACGCAAUUGAGUAUAUGCAAAGAAAUGCAUCAACGAUUGGUAACAUAUCUGGUGCAGAGUCAAUGUCUGCUAUUUUUAAGAACUACACAAGCGCGAAUUUUAAUGGAAGCCCGAGCUUUAGUCAAUUAGAUUCCUCAACGUGGAACAUUGAUAUGCAGGAAUUGGAAUACAAUCCGUCCAAAAAAGAUUUGACAGACGCAAGAAUUCAUCAUCUGCUCGCUGAAGAACUCUGCAAACCAUAUCGUCGUCAUCGUCGGUUGAGUUACAGUCGACAUGCUGUAAACGAUCGGGAUUUGGGCACACAAGUAAACUAUAAGACUCAUAUGAAUAUACGGCGAUUAGUAGGCGACAGAAAGCACCAUCAUAAGCGCAGUAAACGAGGGAAGCAGGAUGGAAAGAAUCAUGUUACUUUCCCAGAAUUCCAGCAAAAUGGUUCGGCCAAACAGUUCACGCACGGUAAAAAAAAAUAUUAUAGAUUAGACUACAUUGAUGAAGUGCUUCAAGAGGACGAGGACCAGCCCCGCCGGGAAGCCGACGAUGGCGGUAUAACUUUUACUGCCAAAUCCCCACCUGGAUAUAACGAAGUUAGUCCGACGUCCUCGCAUAAAGAGAACAGUAGUUCUCUGCUAAAUCAGUUGGCUAACUUGCCUGGCUUCAAUCCGCUAAAAGCAAGAAUCGUUAAGCAGUACGCUAAAACGCCUGAAGAGAUAUUGCCGACAGCUGUUGAGAAAUCUUUACCGUGGAGAAGGGACAGAUCCACGUAUAAUUUCGUGCCCAAUGAAGAUAUACUUGAGGAAGACGAGAGGAGAAUGUCUGAUGACAACGAACCAUAUAUGACGGUGGCGGAAACAGCUCGUGUCGCCACCCCAACAGCAACCGAGACCAUGUUGCCAUGGAAACGGGAGGAAGCCGAAGGGACGACCGCCCUAAAACAAUCAGAAUUUCCCUCUUGGGCUUCGAAUAAGGAGUAUUUGGCGUACAGCUCACCAUCUGCUACAUUCUUAGGUGGUAUAGAGAAGCCAAAACAUCCAAAAUCUAUCAUAGGUCUCUUCCGAAGAGAGAGUUCUAGUUCUACCCAAGCUGCAGAUUUACCAGUUCUAUCAGACUCUGAAAGCAAAGCAGACUCAACUAAAGGCGAGAGCUCUUCAACCAAAGGAGAUUAUGGGCAAUCGAGGCAUCCGCCAAGUUUUCUAUCAAAACGAAGCACAAGCCUUGGUGGUCCAUCGGUUCUGUUAAUGGAAGACGUAGCUCAUUCUGAUCCGCUUGGAGCAUCGUCCCGACCAGCCAGCAUCAUGCAGGGGCCACAUCGGGGACAGUGCAGAAGGGGAUCCAUGCUAGAACUAACAGGAUCUUUGUCACGUGACGCGAUAACUGAAGAAAAAUGCAGCAAAUCCCUGCCUGAGAGUGAACGGAUGGGCGUGCGGAGACUAACCUUAGGGCAGCAAAGUUUACCUCGGGAGCCUUUCAGACGCCAGCUCACCAUGGCGUCUACCCUCCUCACUAGCUCAUCGUCGGACGAUUCAUCCGAUGAAAACACCUGAGUGCCCCGCCGUGGCAACCAAGAUAGGUUGCCACUGUUAAAGUAUAGGACACUAGAGUAAGUCCC